CAUGCAAUCUAUCAUCAGGACAGCUUUGCCAAAAGUCAGGAACCGCAAGGGUAAGUCCAAGACUCUCUGCUUGUUACUGGCGGUCUCCUCGACCUUAGAACUCAACCAAUUCGUUGUUCUCCCGAGCGCUUACCUUUCCUUCAAUUGAUUUGAAGGAACUCACAUUCCUUACGGCUAUUGUAGCCUUUCCGUAUGGUCGCUGAGCGAUCGAAAAAAUGGCUGCGAAAUCGCGAUUCACGAGGCUCGAUGCUUUCGCCAAGACGGUUGAGGAUGCUCGCAUUCGCACCACCUCCGGCGGGAUCAUCACCAUAGGCUCGCUACUGGUUAUUCUAUGGCUUGUGUGGGGAGAAUGGGUGGACUACAGGCGGGUGGUGGUGCUCCCUGAGUUGGUAGUCGAUAAGUCGAGAGGAGAGAAAAUGGAGAUCCAUUUAAACAUGACCUUUCCCCGGCUCCCGUGCGAGCUUCUUACUCUCGAUGUAAUGGAUGUGUCUGGUGAGCAACAGACCGGCGUGGCACAUGGAAUCAACAAGGUACGCCUGAGUUCUCCUGCAGAGGGUGGCCACGUCCUUGAUGUCAAGGCCCUGGAACUUCACUCGGAGCAAGAAGCGGCGAAGCAUCUCGACCCUAACUACUGCGGCGACUGCGGCGGAGUCCCACAGCCUAACGGCGAGAAGCGAUGCUGUAACACCUGUGAGGAGGUGCGAGAGGCUUAUGCACAACAACAAUGGGCUUUCGGAAAGGGCGAAAACAUUGAACAAUGUGAACGUGAGGGCUAUGCGCAACGUCUGGACGCCCAACGCCGAGAGGGUUGCCGUCUUGAAGGUGUCCUCCGCGUGAACAAGGUGAUCGGAAACUUCCAUAUCGCACCGGGCCGGAGUUUCACGAGUGGAAAUGUCCAUGUGCACGACCUUGAGAACUACUCCGAGCGUGACCUUCCCGACGCCGAGAAACACACCAUGACCCAUAUCAUCCAUCAGCUUCGGUUUGGUCCCCAGUUGCCAGAUGAGCUGUCGGAACGCUGGCAGUGGACCGACCAUCACCACACCAACCCGCUCGACAACACCCAGCAGGAGACUAACGAUCCUGCAUAUAAUUUUAUGUACUUUGUCAAGGUCGUUUCCACUUCUUAUUUGCCGCUGGGUUGGGAUCCAUUGUUCUCCUCGGCCGUCCACAGCGCCUACGAGGAUACUCCACUGGGUACCCAUGGUAUUGCAUAUGGCUCCCAGAGCAGCAUCGAAACACACCAGUACUCGGUGACCUCCCACAAGCGGUCUCUGAUGGGCGGCGACGCUGGCGACGAGGGUCACAAGGAGCGUUUGCAUGCUGCAAGUGGCAUCCCUGGUGUUUUCUUCAACUACGAUAUCUCCCCCAUGAAGGUUAUUAACAAGGAGGCACGGCCCAAGACUUUCACUGGGUUCUUAACCGGUGUUUGCGCCAUUAUCGGCGGUACGCUUACUGUCGCGGCUGCCCUGGACCGUGGUCUUUACGAGGGUGCUUUGAGAGUUAAGAAGAUUCAUUCGAAUUAG